AUGGAAGAUUUAAUAUAAGAAAAUGAAGCUCGUAAAAAUUUAUUAGAGUGCUUAGAUGAAAAUAAUGAUAUCGACCUUUAUCUUAGUGGGAUGGAUAAAAGUAAAUUAAAAAUAGAUUAAUCUUAAUCUAAACCUAACUAAGAAAUUGGAUCAUGGGAAAGCGAUGGUUAAAAUAUACUUUCUUCAUUAGGAGAAUAUCAAAGUAAAUAAAGGAAUGAUAAUAAUUCUCACAUUUCUAAAGCAACUGUAGAUAGUAAAACAUAACUUUCUACUAGAUUUUUAUCUAGCUACAGAAGAUAAAAUCCAAGUCAAGGUGGAAAUUUAUAAACAGUUUAUUCUAGCUUAACAAAUAAUAAUAGCAAUGUUAUUAGAUUAAACUCUAUUAGUCCCUAAUAAGUAACUGAUGAAAAAAAUAUGAUAAACAUUUCAACUAUUUCUAAGAAUGAUACUUAAGAAGAGCAGAUGCUCAUAAAUACAUAAUAAAGUAAUUAGGUAAAUUAAUAAACAGCAAUAGAUUCUUAUGAAUAAUAAGCGAAGCAAAAUGAAAUACAAUCAAGUUGGGUAUUUAUGAGCCCAAAUUAUAUUGAGCAUAGGAAAUAGCUGUAAGUUGGCAUGCUGAUUGAUAGGCACAAUCUCAAAAAUAGGAAAACUUAAUAAGGUUAGUAGAAGACUAUUGAAUCAGCUACUUUUAAUGAUAAAAAUAUCAUUUUAGAAAUAAAUUAAGAUGUUGUGUAAUAAAAUUAUGCAGAUGUUAACUAAAAGUAGGAAACUCUUGAAAAAGCAAAAUAAAAAUUCAAGGCAAUUUAGUGUAAAUAAAUAACAAUGCCUUAAGACUUAAAUAAAGAUGCUAGCAAAUCUAUCAAAUUAAAAAGUGAAUAAAAUGGUUAAGAUUUAUUUAAGUAAUAUAACUAUUAUGAUGUCUAAGAAAUGAAAGGACAGGAUAGUUUAGAUACUCUAAAUAUUAAAAAUGAACUUAAAAAAUAUAAAAAUUUAAGACCUGGAACUUAUAUUGGAAUAGUACCUAAGAAAGAAACAAGCAGCAGUUAGGAUAAUAAUUUUUAUGUAUUAAAAAAUAAUUAAUUAAGCAAUACUCUAGAUUUAAGUAAAUUAAAACUUCUUUAGAGCACUAAUACACCUUUUUAAUCGUCAAGAAUAAGAAGAAAAAAAUAAAAUUACAGUGGUGAUUAUAGUCUUACUGAUAGAUUCAAAGAAUAGGAUCUAUAAAAUUUAGAUUAGAUAACUCAAGAAAACAUUGAUAAAGAAUAAGAAAAUUUCCAAUUAAAUAUUGUGAAAUAUCCUAAUUAAAAAAGUAGCAGAGAAAAAAUAUAUUCUUAGACUUCUAGAAAUUCUUUUAGCUUAAAUGAGCAUAAUGAUUUUUCUGAGAAAUUUAGAGAAUAGGUUUAAUAAAAUACUUAAACAGAUAUUUAUUCUCCUUUAAAACCUAAAUUUACAUUGAAUUGCAAUGAGUAAAAAUCCUAAUAAAAGAAGGUGAAAAUAAAAGGAGGAGGUGGAUUUUAUUAUUUAAAAGAUGAUAUGCUGUUUAAAAUAGAUAAAGAGGAUGAACUUAUUUAGCAAUUGAAUUCUUUUGGAGAAUAUAACAUACAAUUACAUCCAAUACAAAAGUUUAUUGAACAUGAGAAGAAAAAGGAAAAUAUUCAAAUUUAAAAAAUGUAAUAAAAAGAACAGGAGGUUUAUAUAAUUUAAUAAGAUUUGCAGUAAAGAGAGCUAAAUUACUCUCCCACAAGUUUAGUAAAUAAAUACACUAAUUAAAUGAGAGAUAAUCCUAAAUUGAAAAAGAAUUUAUUCUAUGUAAACAAGAAACUUAACAAAUUAGAGAGAAAAAAAACAAUUGAAGAAUUUAGAGCACGUUCUAAUUCUCCUCUUGCUUAAAUAAUUGAUGCUGUAAAUUAGAAUCCUUUAAUUAAACAAAGUACAACCUUUUAUAGCUAAAAAAAUGCAUUACCUGUAGUAAGAAGUUCAUAUAGCCCAUAAAUUUUAAAAUGUAACAAAUAAAAGGGUAUUUCUGAUCUAAUUUAUGAGCAACAGAAUGUUAAUCAUAACUAAAAUUAAUCACAGCCAUUAGGUUAAACACAGUAUAAAAAGUAUAGAAAAUGGAAAGGAAGCCCUUUGUUUAACUUAGAAAAUAACGACUUAAAUAGAAAUCCUUACAUUAAUUGUGGAUUUUCACCUUUAUUGGCAUAAUAAAGUCCUGUUUAGUUCAGCAAUAAAAGCAGAAAUUAGACAGCCAAAAAAAAGAAUAAUCAGUAAUAAUAAUAGUAAAAUUCUUAAAUAUAAUAAUUUUAUAACCCAAUACCUUAAAUAUUUAAUGAGUAAACUAAAAAGUAUAAGACUCCUCUAUAAAAUUGA